AGGGCAACAGCAGCAGUUUGAUAAAAUAAAAAAAUGCCCACCAAAGGAAUAAAAACCCUAAGAAUUCUAGUUUUAAACAUUUGCUGUUCAAUCGUUCUAUGAAACUUAAGUAUUAAAGAUCAAUAUUUGCAACUAAUUUGAAAAAUAUGGGGCUGCUUGUGGUGUUACUUUUAAUACAAGGUUGUUUCGCAUUUGACCUUCCGAAAACUGGUUGUAAGGCGGAUUUAAAGAUUAACAACCAGCAUUAUAACGUAAGCGAUACCAUUCAUACUGGCAACGCGUUCCCCACUGACGCCCACUACGAUGCCUUUGGGAAUCUAUUUUACGUGGAAUCGGGAAGAAACGACAACGGAUUCUACUUUGAUAUCAAGGUUUUGAAGUUCCAGAAUAAAAGGCCUGAAAAAGUUACUGGUUUACCUGAAGGCUCCAGUUACUCCAUCGCAGUGGAUAAAAAGGAUAAUAAAGUGUUCUUUGGCACUGGAGAAGGUAUAUUCUGCUACAACUACGAAACGCAAACAGCGACCCCAGUAUCUGAGAGCAGCUUGAAAUUAAAUAUGAUAUUUGUCGACAAAGAUGGCAACAAAUACAUUACAGAGAGCAAUAACGGUGUUGAGGAGUUAUACCUACUCGACGGUAAUAAGAAAAUUCGUUUCAGUACUCUCGAAGCCUUAAACGAACUGGCAAUAGACGACAAAAACAACUUUUACUUCAUCAAAGAAGAUAAAUUGUUUGUCCUCAAGUCCAGUUUAUCUACGCCGGUUUGCAUCGGAAAUGUGUCUUACGACGGUAUUGCUCAAAUAUCAAUUCACAAGGAAACUGUCUUUAUUGCUAGUGAAAACUUAAUGUAUUUCCACGAAAAUGAAAUGCACAAUAUGAAAGAAGUUAAUGAUGUACCCGGAAAAGUAUCUGCUAUAGCUUUUAAUGAUGUUGGUGAUUUUAUUCUUGGAAUUCAAGGGAAGAUGAUGAAAUACAAGAAAAAUGAAUGUUACCACAGAGGUAAUGAACUUAAAAAUGACCAGAGAACAAUCAAAGAGAUAAAAAAAAUAAUUUAAACUAGUAUGCAAACGUUUGAACAAUCCUUUUAUUAAUAAAAUAAAUAGCCUAAUUU